AUGGAGUCAGAGGCGUCGUCGGUACCGGCGCCGUCCGCUUCUGUCCGGGUGCAAAGAUCCCAGGCGCUUGACGACCUAAUAAUGGGUACAAACAGCAGCAGCAUUGUUUCCAAGCGCAGUGUCGAGAGGCUUUACUAUCCAGAUGAGCCUCACUAUUUCCGCUACUUUGUAAAGAAGUUCCAGCGACGAGCUCCGCUGAUCAAUCGUGGAUACUGGCUACGACUUAGAGCCAUUGACGUUAUUGUCCACCAAUUCCUUUCCCGGUCUGCUGGUCAAAGAGUAAUCAUAAACCUCGGAUGUGGAAGCGAUGUCCUACCAUGGCAAAGUCAUGUCCGAUAUGGAGACGAAUGCCGGGAUGCCUUGUUCAUUGACAUUGACUACCCAGAUCUCAUGCAUAAGAAGCGAGCGCUGGUCUUGGAGACUCCUCAGCUGAAGGAGCUACUUGGGCCAUCUUUUGAGGUCUCCAAAUCUGACAAAGACCUUGUUCUGCUGAAAAGUGAAAAAUACUGCCAAAUCGGAUGUGAUCUUCGUGAAUUGGAAGCACUCCGACAGGUGCUAGAUACUCUCGUCGACUUGUCAAACUGCCCUGUACUUUUCGUCGCCGAAGUCUCCGUCACUUACAUGGAUACGGAAUCUGCAGAUAAUUUACUGAAAUGGGCUAGUUCUGUCGGAAAGGCCGAAUUUUGCCUUUUAGAGCAGCUUUUACCCUAUGGGCGCAGUCACCCGUUUGCCCAGACAAUGCUCAAACAUUUCGACAAACUCAAGACGCCACCUCGGUCUGUUGGGCAUUACCCAACCGUUGGUGACCAGUGCGAGAGGUUCAAGAGCCGCGGAUGGUCUAGUGUGCGCAUAUGGGAUUUGUGGGAUGCUUGGUGCUGCGGCGAAUUUGUGAAUGCCCAACAAAGAGCUUCCCUAGACGACGUCGAGCCAUUUGACGAGUGGGAAGAGUUUAUUCUAUUUGCUCGCCACUACUUUGUUCUUCAUGCUUCAGCAGCUGAGAACCUAGAGACAAUACAUGACGCGACCAGCACACAAACUAGCAAAUCGUCCUCUAGCAAAGAGUUGGAGAUACAGUUCACCACGAUUCCUGGCAGCAGCAAACGCCGAUUCGGAGCACCAGCAACACUACAAAAUGCAGAAGGAAGGAGUUUUGGAUUGAACGUGAUGGGAUUGGGUCCCAAUGCUCGCGAUGGUAGCUAUGAUGUCUAUUCUCUUGAUGGCGGGAUAUCUGAGGACUAUUUCGUGUUCAACCCCGAAAAAGGCUGGCUCCAAUGCAAAACUGUUGGAGACGUACCGAAGCCAUCAUUCGGCUCCAUUGUAUGCAACAACCCUGUGGGCUCCUCCACCGGCAAGUUUUCAGGGCUUUUUUGUGGCGGAAUCGAAAAGACUGGUCUGGUUGUUGAAGAGAAAUACGAGUGGACACUAGACAUGGCUUCUCAACAGCCCACCAUUACUUUUACAUCAGCGAGAAAGGACUUCGUUCCGGAACUAUCUAUAUUCGGAGCAAAUGUUGUCGACCUCAAUGGAAAUACGCUUGUCUGCGGAGGCAUGGGUGCAGAUCGAAGAGUCGAUGGGCAAGCAAUGUAUUGCUUGACCUCGUCAGAAUCCAAUGUCGAGGUCGCCAUAAUCAAGCAGUGCCUAGGUGAUGCGGCUAUCAAACCGUUUAUGAUCGGCUCUUCGACCUUGUAUCAUGACGGUUUCAUUAUCAUCGCCGGAGGCGGUUCAUUUCCUCACACCGCGUCAAUAACGACCAUCCCGCGCAUUAGCUUAAUCUCUACGUCUGAGUUCGAAAGUAUUCUCCGUCGUGGCCAGCCGGUGGUGAUCGAGAAUCUUCAGCUGGGAGAGUGUAUCGAGAAGUGGACCGCGGCAUACAUUAUUGAUCGAGUAGGAAGUGACAAAAAGGUGGUUGUACAUGAAUGCCAGAUUGAAACUGGCAAGAUGGAUUUCAAUGCGAAGAACUUUCAAUACGUUACAGAAAAUUUCGGUAACAUCAUGGCCAGAGCGAAGAACGGUGAUCGAUUGUACUUGCGCUCACUGUCAAACGACAAGCCGACCGAACAACCAGCCAAGCUAGAGGAGGACUUUCCUGGCCUGGCAAUGGAUUUUGUACUGCCAGAGCAACUCAGGUAUGUCAAGGAGCAGCUUUUCAGCUCAGUAUUACGUGUUUCCGGCAAGGUCAACAUGUGGCUACAUUACGACGUCAUGGCGAAUGUUUACGCGCAAGUUGUGGGAUCGAAAAGAAUGAUUCUAUUUCCACCUAGCGACGUACCGCAACUGGCAUUCGCGCCUGGGGCUUCCAGCUCCAGUGUAGAUGUCUUUUCAUCGCUCGAAACGCCCAAGUUAGCUCGAACACGCCCCCACGAAGCCAUCGUGAGGCCCGGAGAUGUGCUAUUCUUGCCACCUCUUUGGCUGCAUACGGCAACACCUACAACGGACAUGAGCGUUGCAGUAAACAUCUUUUUUCGGGAUCUAGACAGCGGAUACGCCGCGGGACGGGAUGUGUAUGGCAACAGGGAUCUAGCCGCCUAUGAAAAAGGCAGGCAAGACGUGGCCAAGAUUGCAAAGCAAUUUCAACAACUUCCGGAAGAAACACGCAAGUUUUAUCUGGCACGUCUGGCGGAUGAACUGCUGCAGUCCGGAGAAGGCAAUUAA